AUGAAAGUCUCCCCUGGCCGGUAUCAGGUGGUGCGCAAGGUUAAAGACCGGCAAGCUGAAAGAGUUCGAUCCCGAGCCGAUUCCACCGUCGAUUCCACCAGUUCUUCUGGUUCCGAAUAUGAUAGCGAAGACGAAAUCCUGGAAGCAUUGCCACGCCAUAAGACCACAACGCUUGAGGACUACCCUCGUCACCAAACUCAACAUGCCUCCCAUUCUCAUCCUCACGAUCAGGUGUCAAUUCCUGUGAGCGAGGAUCACUUCGAAUCCAGUGUCGAGGUGCAGAGAUCAAGAAGUGGACGUCGUGUAUCGCACCACUCGUCCUCGUCUUCCUCCUUCUUCAGCACAAUCUUCGGCUCAUGGUCAUCGACUUCAAGGACUUCACGAGAGACCCGCAUCUCAAUCAACCAUUCUGAACACAGAGGUUCCCCCAAGCCUCAUGUCCCCGUUCAUGAACCGGCCAAGCGCGAACGUGUACGUGUGGUUGGUCUGCCCGAGUACGAAGCUAUUCCCGUGAUCAAGGAAGAGGUCAAGGUCGAGCGUGUUCGUCGGGAAGGACAUGACGAUUUUGAGGAGCACAAACCAUUGCAUAGGAGGGGACGAAGAUUCGGAGAACAUGGGAAAUAUGAUAAAGAGAUGGACGCUUACGUAUUCACAAGAGUGCCCAAGUUAGCCAGAUUCGAUUUUUGA